AAAGAACGUAAGAUAUUAAUAUGAGUUCAGACAGUGAGGAUGAACCUUUUCAAAGUUCAGGCAGUGAGUAUUUAUUUGCCUUCAAAUUCUAGUGCGUCUGAAAAUAAUUUGGAUGAAGGGCAAAAACCCGCCGAUAAUGAGCCCGCUAAUAACAAACGUGGACGAAAGAAAAUAAGAAAACCGGACAGCUGGAAAAGGAAUGUGCAGAAAAUGAAAAGGGCUAAAGGUGAAGCUUAUAAGUCUACGUCAACGGGAAAGCUGGUACCAGAACGAAAACAAGGCGAUGAUUGCAAAUGUAGCAAGAAAUGCAUAGAAAAACUUUCAGAAACUGAAAAGCAAGAAAUAAUAUCGGCUUUUAACACUCUUUCAAAUCAAGAAAAACAAGACUCUUAUUUGUCAAGUUUGAUACAAGUUUUGCAGAUUACUCGACGCCGCAAAAUUGAAGGAAAUCCAGGGAUACUAAGGAAUCACACCUAUAAGUACAAGUUACGAAAAGGCGCAUUUGAGCUAAAUGUUUGCAAAAUGGCUAUAUGUCUUCUUCAUGGUAUAGGGAAAAAACGUCUGGAGCCGAUCGCAACCCACCUAUCUACAAACAUUACACCUGUUCAGGAUAAAAGGGUUCGUCAUUCAAGUAGGCCCAACAGCUUUCCAAACGUAUUUCCCAUUAUACUCGUAAAAAAACGAUAAAUAUUAUUUGUCCAGCGAUUUAAAUAUUUCCAUUAUGUAUGAUUUAUAUCUGAAAAAGUAUGAACCAGAUGUUCAUAAAUUAAAACAAGACGGUGUUCCAUACAAACCAAAAAUAUCAUACGUGAGAACUUUAAUAUUAGUUUUGGUACAGCAGGUAAGGACACUUGCAAAAAAUGCGACAUAUUAAACAAUCGGAUACAAAGUGCCGAUUCAGAAGAAGAAAAGAUGGCAUUUGCGUUCCAGAGAAAAAU